AUGAGUCAAGCGGAUGCAUUAAGUCGAUUUUUUAAAGGUGAUGAAACAGAAGCGGAAGAUUACUUCACGAGAAUUAAAAAUAAAUUUGUUGCAAUGUGUACCUACUCUGACGAUGAUAAUGAUACUAAAUCUAAUAAGCCCGGUAUAAUAAGAAUUCCAUGUAAAACGGUGGCUGUUGCUAAGCAGGAAGACUUAGAUUUCAAUAUACAGGUUUUCAGUGAUGACGGUAUGCCGACCAAAGUUUGUAGUGAUUGUCGCUUGAUGUUUGAGUACAGCUAUUCCUUUAAGCAAAUGUGUAAACGUGCAGAAACUCUACUACGGCAGUAUCCACUCACUGGUAAAUGGCCGAAACCAUUACAAAAACCAACGCCACCAGAUCUACAAACUGUAACAAAAUCUACAACCAAUAAGGAAAGCAAGACUAUUUUGAACCAGAAACCAAUGCAAAUAAAUCGUACUAAUAAAAAUUCGGAAAACAAUAAAGAUGAACAAACAAAAAUUGUCGUAAAGAAAUUGCUGAAUGCAGAUCCCGCAGAUUCUCCUGAACCGCCGGUACCGAUACGCAUAAAAAAAGAAAAACUUGAGUUUGACGCUUUAAGCAUAAUGAACAAAAUAGAAAAUAAUGAUGAACUCUCAAUAGAUGAUGUACAGCGUUUUAUUGAUUCGGAUGGUUUUGCUGAAGAAACCCCUAAACCAACGGGUAAACCAAAACUUUUAAAUAAGUCCUCUAUACGCAUUUUGAAUAAGGAUGUAGAAAUCGAUAUUGAGCCGCUAUUAAGCAGGCCACAGGUAACACGUGAUGAAGAUGGUAACGUUGCUAUUGUUACAGAAAUACUAGUACCAAGCGAAAACUAUGAACCAGAAGAUGAACUUAUCAAACAAGCGCGACCAGUGAAAACAAAUGUGUUUCCAUGUCCAGAGUGUGAACGCUCAUUUCCGCUACGACAAUUGCGUGAUAUUCAUAUGGCCAAUCAUGUUCGCGAACGCUGUUUUCAAUGUCCUGAUUGCGAUAAAUCAUUCUUCUCGAAGUAUGACUUGCAGAAACACAGUGUGAUUCACACCGGAUAUCGUCCUUUUAAAUGCACAAUUUGUGAUAAAGCGUUCACACGUGCUACUUUACUAUAUCGCCAUGAGAAAAGCCACACUGAUGUACCUAAGCAUUUAUGUGUACAUUGCGAGAGACCGUUUCUCUCAAAAGAGGAAUUGGAAAAGCAUACCGAACGUCACCUUAAAAAUAGACCAUUCAAAUGUAAGAUUUGUAAUAAGGGAUUCGCAUUUAAGCAAGGCAAAGAACGCCAUGAGGUCAUACAUUCGAGAGUACAGCCGAAUCCUUGCCAAUACUGCGAUCAGAGUUUUUCAACACCCAGUAAGUUGGCUCGUCACUUGACUGCACAUGCUGGAUCACGUCCAUAUCCUUGUAAAUUCUGUUCAAAAUCGUACUUACUUUCACACCAUUUGACUCGUCACUUACGCUCUCAUAAACAAGAAAACUAUGUAUGUCCCAUCUGUAAUAAAGCUUUCAAGAAGAGAGAAUUACUCAUAUAUCAUUCCGCUGUUCACGCAAUUAAAAACCUAACAUGCUCACUUUGUGAGGAAACUUUCGCUACUAGUGAGGAGGUUUCAUUACAUAUAAAACAACACGCCGACAAUCCAACAUAUGCGUGCGUUUUCUGUGACUUACAAUUUAGCCUUAAUAGUACUCUGGAUGCUCAUGUGCUCGAGCAUCAUGCGGAAGACAUGCAGGCUUAUAAUGACGAUCCAAAAAGUGAUAAUAAAAGUACGGAAAAUAGCGGCAGCGAAAAGGAGGAUAGCAAUCCAGAGUUUCAAGAAGCAGUUGAAUAUAUCAUUGACGAGUUUCCUUUGGAAUGUAGUUCAAAUGAACAACAAAAUAUAAUAAAAGUGGAACCAGAAGAAACGGAAGUAUUAAACGAUCAACCAAAAAUAGUCAGUCAAAUUGUUAUACAACCAGGACAAAGUAAGAAACGAGGAGCCAAUGAAAUUCGCAAUACUAAAUCUAUAACAAAUUGUGAAGAGUUUCAGUAUAUAGACUCAGACGACCCACCAAUCGAACCACCGAGAAAACAACCAAAAGUUACUGAUAAAAAAAUUCCAGUAACUUCGAAGGUGGUAAGACAAAGAAAUCCUAAAACGGCUGCAGCUAUUACCCAGCAAGAAACUGUGAACUCAGGAAAUGCGUCUCCUAAGUUGAAACAAACUACCUUAACUUCGGUUCUAAAAGUUUUACCAAAAGGCAUAACUAUACGUAAAGCUGGAGGUAGUGAAGUUAGUCCAGUUGCUACUGCAGUGCCAAAGGUUGUGACAUCACCAAAAGGUGCUGAAAAGACAUCAUCUCCAGCAAAGUCAAAAUUCACUGAAACAAAACAAGUAUCGAAAUUAGUUAAAACUUCUCCAAACACACGUGCUAAUGCAUCACCAAAGAGUAUGCCGGCAACUAAUAAGAAUUCUAAUUCCCCAACUCAACAAGCACUUGUAGAAGCAAAGACAAGUACUGGGAGUAGUCCACAAACUGAUAAAAAUGCUGCGAGCUCUCCGAAAACAAAUCAAAAACCAUUUACCGAAAAAAUUUUGCCCAAUGGUAAAAAAGUUAGACAAAUGGUAGUAUCAAAGUCGGAAGCCGCUGCAAUGAUGAAAGCAGGAAAAGUUUUUGUACAGAACGGAAAUAUGAUACUUAAACUCAGUCCCACAUCGAGCAAAAAGGAAGUCGUUUUCAGUGAUGACGGUAUGCCGACCAAAGUUUGUAGUGAUUGUCGCUUGAUGUUUGAGUACAGCUAUUCCUUUAAGCAAAUGUGUAAACGUGCAGAAACUCUACUACGGCAGUAUCCACUCACUGGUAAAUGGCCGAAACCAUUACAAAAACCAACUCCACCAGAUCUACAAACUGUAACAAAAUCUACAUCCAACAAGGAAAGCAAGACUAUUUUGAACCAGAAACCAAUGCAAAUAAAUCGUACUAAUAAAAAUUCGGAAAACAAUAAAGAUGAACAAACGAAAAUUGUCGUAAAGAAAUUGCUGAAUGCAGAUCCCGCAGAUUCUCCUGAACCGCCGGUACCGAUACGCAUAAAAAAAGAAAAACUUGAGUUUGACGCUUUAAGCAUAAUGAACAAAAUAGAAAAUAAUGAUGAACUCUCAAUAGAUGAUGUACAGCGUUUUAUUGAUUCGGAUGGUUUUGCUGAAGAAACCCCUAAACCAACGGGUAAACCAAAACUUUUAAAUAAGUCCUCUAUACGCAUUUUGAAUAAGGAUGUAGAAAUCGAUAUUGAGCCGCUAUUAAGCAGGCCACAGGUAACACGUGAUGAAGAUGGUAACGUUGCUAUUGUUACAGAAAUACUAGUACCAAGCGAAAACUAUGAACCAGAAGAUGAACUUAUCAAACAAGCGCGACCAGUGAAAACAAAUGUGUUUCCAUGUCCAGAGUGUGAACGCUCAUUUCCGCUACGACAAUUGCGUGAUAUUCAUAUGGCCAAUCAUGUUCGCGAACGCUGUUUUCAAUGUCCUGAUUGCGAUAAAUCAUUCUUCUCGAAGUAUGACUUGCAGAAACAUAGUGUUAUUCACACCGGAUAUCGUCCUUUUAAAUGCACAAUAUGUGAUAAAGCGUUCACACGUGCUACUUUACUAUAUCGCCAUGAGAAAAGCCACACUGAUGUACCUAAGCAUUUAUGUGUACAUUGCGAGAGACCGUUUCUCUCAAAGGAGGAAUUGGAAAAACAUACCGAACGUCACCUUAAAAAUAGACCAUUCAAAUGUAAGAUUUGUAAUAAGGGAUUCGCAUUUAAGCAAGGCAAAGAACGCCAUGAGGUCAUACAUUCGAGAGUACAGCCGAAUCCUUGCCAAUACUGCGAUCAGAGUUUUUCAACACCCAGUAAGUUGGCUCGUCACUUGACUGCACAUGCUGGAUCACGUCCAUAUCCUUGUAAAUUCUGUUCAAAAUCGUACUUACUUUCACACCAUUUGACUCGUCACUUACGCUCUCAUAAACAAGAAAACUAUGUAUGUCCCAUCUGUAAUAAAGCUUUCAAGAAGAGAGAAUUACUCAUAUAUCAUUCCGCUGUUCACGCAAUUAAAAACCUAACAUGCUCACUUUGUGAGGAAACUUUCGCUACUAGUGAGGAGGUUUCAUUACAUAUAAAACAACACGCCGACAAUCCAACAUAUGCGUGCGUUUUCUGUGACUUACAAUUUAGCCUUAAUAGUACUCUGGAUGCUCAUGUGCUCGAGCAUCAUGCGGAAGACAUGCAGGCUUAUAAUGACGAUCCAAAAAGUGAUAAUAAAAGUACGGAAAAUAGCGGCAGCGAAAAGGAGGAUAGCAAUCCAGAGUUUCAAGAAGCAGUUGAAUAUAUCAUUGACGAGUUUCCUUUGGAAUGUAGUUCAAAUGAACAACAAAAUAUAAUAAAAGUGGAACCAGAAGAAACGGAAGUAUUAAACGAUCAACCAAAAAUAGUCAGUCAAAUUGUUAUACAACCAGGACAAAGUAAGAAACGAGGAGCCAAUGAAAUUCGCAAUACUAAAUCUAUAACAAAUUGUGAAGAGUUUCAGUAUAUAGACUCAGACGACCCACCAAUCGAACCACCGAGAAAACAACCAAAAGUUACUGAUAAAAAAAUUCCAGUAACUUCGAAGGUGGUAAGACAAAGAAAUCCUAAAACGGCUGCAGCUAUUACCCAGCAAGAAACUGUGAACUCAGGAAAUGCGUCUCCUAAGUUGAAACAAACUACCUUAACUUCGGUUCUAAAAGUUUUACCAAAAGGCAUAACUAUACGUAAAGCUGGAGGUAGUGAAGUUAGUCCAGUUGCUACUGCAGUGCCAAAGGUUGUGACAUCACCAAAAGGUGCUGAAAAGACAUCAUCUCCAGCAAAGUCAAAAUUCACUGAAACAAAACAAGUAUCGAAAUUAGUUAAAACUUCUCCAAACACACGUGCUAAUGCAUCACCAAAGAGUAUGCCGGCAACUAAUAAGAAUUCUAAUUCCCCAACUCAACAAGCACUUGUAGAAGCAAAGACAAGUACUGGGAGUAGUCCACAAACUGAUAAAAAUGCUGCGAGCUCUCCGAAAACAAAUCAAAAACCAUUUACCGAAAAAAUUUUGCCCAAUGGUAAAAAAGUUAGACAAAUGGUAGUAUCAAAGUCGGAAGCCGCUGCAAUGAUGAAAGCAGGAAAAGUUUUUGUACAGAACGGAAAUAUGAUACUUAAACUCAGUCCCACAUCGAGCAAAAAGGAAGUCUGAAUUUUACUUCCACAAGUACUUUCAUACGUUAUUUAAGUUUUAAAAAAAUUUUCAAUUUGCAAAUGAAUUCACAUAUAUGUUAUAUACCUACAUAUAUAUAUGUAUGUUGCAUCCAAUAAGUUUCAUUAUUUCAGUCAAGUGAAUUCAUUUUUAUAUGAUAUAUGAUGUAUUCUUACAUUUGAUAAUUAUAUCCUUUAUAAUAUUAGUUUUCAUAUAGUUUGCAACAGCCAAAAUAAUUUUUUUUAAUUACGUAUUGGCUAAAUAAUAUAUUGUCGAUAAUACAGUGCAAAGUAAAUAUCAUAAAUAUUAUCAUAAAUAAUUUAAUCAAUAAA